GAGAUCUGGAAAUCGAAAACUACUCUUCCUCUCUUCCGUCCAAGGGAAAGCCUUUACACUUUCUAGCAACUUCUGUUUAUUAAUGGUCGCUCACCUGCCCUGUGCGGUCAUCAACCGAAGCUGUGUCCCGGUCUGCGAUAUUCAGGUUUGCCUGGGUAACUUCUUGAUGACCUUUUUAUCCAAAUUCUUCGCCUGCCUCGAGGGGUUCAAAGCCAGCCGAGCGGGAUCAAGUGGUGUAGACGCAGCCGAAGACGGCGAGGACGACACUCCGAGCCUCUUCUUCGAGCUUCGUAUUCUCCAAAUAGCCACCAAUUUCUUCUCCGAGCUUAACCAGCUCGGCCAUGGCGGCUUCGGCCCUGUUUUUAAGGGUUUGAUGCCAAAUGGUCAAGAAAUAGCUGUGAAGAAGCUUUCACUGAAUUCAAGACAAGGAUUGAAAGAAUUCACCAAUGAGGUGAAACUUCUACUGAAAAUUCAGCACAAGAACCUGGUUACAUUGCUCGGUUGUUGUAUUGAAGGAUCCGAGAAGAUGCUUGUUUAUGAGUUUCUUCCAAAUAAAAGCCUUGAUUACUUUCUCUUUGAUAAGGUUAAAUCUGCAACCCUCAAUUGGACAACAAGAUUUCAAAUAGUCGCUGGUGUUGCAAGGGGUCUUCUCUACCUACAUGAAGAGGCCCCUGUAAGGAUCAUCCACAGAGACAUCAAAGCCAGUAAUAUUUUGCUGGAUCAACAAUUGAAUCCAAAAAUCUCAGAUUUUGGCUUGGCACGGCUCUUCCCUGGGGAUGACACACAUGUGAAUACAUUUAAGAUAUCUGGUACUCAUGGUUACAUGGCCCCUGAAUAUGCCAUGCAUGGCUAUUUGUCAGUGAAGACAGAUGUUUUCAGCUAUGGAGUCUUGGUAUUGGAGAUAGUAAGUGGGAGAAGGAACUUUGAUGGUCGUCUUGGUGCAGAAAAGGCAGACCUCUUGAACUAUGCCUGGACUCUCUAUCAAAGAGGAAAAGCAUUAGAUUUGAUUGACCCAACCCUUGAGAAGUACAACCGCGAUGAGGCAGCAAUGUGCAUUCAGCUAGGCUUGUUAUGUUGUCAACAGAACAUUGCAGAUAGGCCCGACAUGAACUCUGUUCGUCUCAUGCUUUCGAGUGAUUCAUUUACGUUGCCCAGACCUGGAAAACCUGGAAUUCAAGGACGUACCGCACAGUGGACAACCACCUCUACUUCACCCUUCUCUAAUACUAAUGCCAGCACUACGAGCACUGGUGUUGCAAGGGUUUCUGGUGGCAAUAGUUUUGCUGAGGAUUAUUCUAGAAAUUCCAUCUCGCAUUCUUCUAUGGAUGAGGGUAGAUGAUUUGUUGACAAUGUAUUAGGCUUCGUUUGAGAAUGUUGUGUUGGUUGUAGUUGUAGCAGUAGGUUUUUUUGGCCUUUUAAUAUCAUUAAAAUAUAUUUAAUAUUUAUUUUAAUUAAUAUUUUAUAUAUUUUUAUGAUAAUGAAAAGACAAAAAAUUAAACAAUAGAGCACUUGAAGUGCAUUCCCAAACGAAGUCAAAUGGAUGGGGUAGUUUGCACUUCCAUUGACAUGGUGUAGAUUCGCUCUCAUUUUCGUUUUUCCCUUCUUUUUUUCGGUUUCCUGUGUGUAAUUUUAUGUUAAUAUAUCACAAGAUUUUUU